UACGGCCUAUACAAACAAGCCACCGUUGGACCAUGUAACACAUCCAAACCGGGCAUAUUUAGUAUGAAUGCUCGUGCCAAAUGGAAUGCAUGGGCCGAGUUGGGUACAAUGAACAAGGAAACGGCAAUGCGAACGUAUGUAUCGAAAUUGGAUGAAAUCGAACCGGAUUGGAAUCAACAUGAUGCAUCGAAUACAAAAGCAAAAAAACCAACUUGGGUGUCAGUGUCAACGCCUGUGGUGGAAAGUGAUGACGAGCACAAAGGCGAUAAAUCAUUGAUUGACCACGUAAAAGAUGGGAAUGUUGAUGAGAUUUUGACAUUUUUCAGUGCAUCGAUAACGAUUGAACAACACGAUAAACCGAAAAAACUUCCCGUCAACGAGUACGAUGGCGAUGGAUUGGGCGCCAUACAUUGGGCAGCUGAUCGUGGUCAUCAUCAAAUUUUGGACAUUCUUCUUCAGAACGGAGCCAACGUUAAUCUCAUCGAUAAAGAUAGUGGACAGACGGCAUUGCAUUAUGCCAUCAGUUGCAGCCAUGUGGAAUGCAUUAAGAUUCUUUUGCAUCACGGAGCCAAUCCACACAUCACCGACUCAGAUGAUGUAACUUGCAUCGAUCUAGCAAACGAAUCAGACGAUCCAAAUAUUAUUGAUCUUUUGAAAACUUAAAAUAAAUGCACAACAUCUGAACAAUUUAGAAAAAUAUUCCAUUUUUAGUAAAUUGUCUUUACUGCUGAAUUUGUUUUCUUCUUCCACGAAGAUUUUUCCUCAUUCAUAAAAUGCGUUUCUAUUCACAUUGAACAAUUGAACGUUUCGAAAAAUUGAACGUUUCUUUCUUACUCUAUUUCCCCUUUUCGACGCAUUGACAGUACACUGACACGACGUUGAUUUUGACAGCAAAACACACCAAGCAGACACAAAAGCCAACAUUAUUACGUGUUUACACACAAUAUACAUAUUUUUUUCUUUCUCUCUCUCUCGUUUAUUUUUAUCGUUCUGUGUGUUUGACUUUCGAAAUCAAUCAAUUGCAACAAAUCAACGGUGAUUAUAGCAAUAAAAAUAGUUGAAAUAGUGGGAAAUGUCAUCGAUUUAAUGGCGUUUACACGGAAAAUUGCACAAAAUUCAGCAAAUUGUGUACGUAUUCCAUUUACAGUGCCCCCCAUAAAGUCGAUAUCAUUCGCCAGACUUUGACUUCUACGACUUAAAUUCUGUGCAGCGAUGUUCUUAUCUGGAAAAAAAGAAGAUAUUUUGUGAUUCUAACGAUAUAUAAAAUCCAAAACGAAACACAUAAUAAUGUUAUAAUUUGUCGUCGAAUGAAAAGAUGAGUAAAUUUUGGGCGGAGUUCUAGGCGAUUGUAAAUAAUUGAAUAAAUGUCAAUAAAUUAUAGAAAUUGUGUACGUGUAAAUGUGCAAAAAUUUUGAUUAAUCCAAUGCUUUAAAUAUGUUAUAUUUAAAUUGCGACAAAUGUUUUGUCUACAAAUCUGAGUGCCACAUAUAGAAUGUGGUUGGUAAACAACAUAAAAAUCAAGAACACACAGUAUUUUGCGUAUACUUUUUAACCAGUGUAAAUUAAAUAAAUUCCAAUAAUGAGUUGGUUCGAUGCGACCGGUACUAUAGCCAGUUUGGCAAAGAAUGCAUUAAAAGAAGCACAAAAAACCAUUGACAAAGCAUUAGAUAUUAAAGAAGACGAAGAUGAUGAUGCUAGUGAUUUGAAAUCGUCAAGUUCAACGUCAUCGUUGAGUGCAAAGUCAGCCGAAAAGUAUUCGCCCGAUUCAUCGGAAAAAAGUGAUAGUUUAAAAGUGAUGAAACCAUCGAUUAGUAAUCCAAUUAUGUCAACUGUUGCCACAGCGACGUCGGCCAGCAAUUUAUGGGGCUCGUUUACUGGAUCAUUUUUCGAUGCUGCCCAUGAAAACAAUGAGAGUGGCAAAUCAGCCGUGACAAUUGCACCGACCAGCCGAAGUGAAUCUCGAUUGAUUUCCAGCAAAGGUGACGAUAAAAAACAAAACACCAACAUAUCAGGUCGCACUAGUUCAGCAUCGGAAUCAGUUGAAUUGCUUAGCUCACCGAUGACACCAUCGUCAGGGUUGACAUCACCAUCUGGAAAUUAUCCACAGCCAUCGUCACUAUCACCGUCCAUAAUAACGCUGCAACAUUCCCAUAGAACCUCCGAUUCCAUCGAGGUGAUUAGAGAUGCGUCGUCAAGUGAAGCAAUGUCCCCCGACUCGGUAAUUUCAACGCCAGCUGUCAACACAUCGACCAGUUGCACGUCCAUUUCGGACAGUGUAGAAGUGAUCGAUGUGAGUGUAUCCGCAUUCAAUGUAACUUCACCCAGCACAGAUGAUUUAUCAUUGCGACAAUAUGACGAUGAAGAUGAAUCCCAGUCCUAUAAUACCGUAUCAGAAAGCACGGCUCCUGUUACGAUUUUAGAUCCAAGUGCAAUUUCACAGCAGAAAACCUUAAAUCGAAAUAGUUUAACGCUGACUCUGCCAACGCUUGUUGAACCAUCAUCAACCGAUGUAAAAGAGAAAUCAAUUGAAACUUCACAUUUGAAACCAUCGGGUUCGGUUAUUUUAGACAAAUCGUUUGAGGGUCUUGAUAUGCAGACCACAUUCUCCGAUUCGACGCAAAGUUUCGAAGAUGUUCAGCAGAUUCUAUUGGACGAAGCCGAUAAAGGUCAUUCGAAGCACACGAUAAGAGAUGAAGCACGGCUAUCGCCACAGAGCACUGACGAGAAAAAUCCAUUAGAAUCAAAGGCAACAAUGACAAGUGAUCACAAUUCCGGUCAUACAUCGGCAGAUGAAAUUGAAACGGCCACUUCUUCCGAUAUCGAAAUAAUCUCAGGCCCGAAUGGCGAUUCAAGCAGUCAUACAAGCAGCGUUGCUGGUAUGGUGAUUGCCUGCAAGUCAUCCAAACUACCAACUCAUUCGCAGUACGUUGUAUUCGGCAAUCCUGGCGGCAAAAAGAAAGGUCAUUAUCGUGAACUGAGCGAAGCUUCAACGUAUUCAUUGCAAAGCGAAAGCGGCAGUGACGGUUGUUCUCAUUCCGAGUAUGAAAAACUAGCGCAAAAAGUCACCGAACUCACCGAAGUGAUUGAAAAUCGUGAAUGUAAAUUGGUACAAUUGGGCCGUGAAAAUGCUCAGCUGCACGAGCAAAAUACCGAAUUCAAAAAUAAACUCGAUGCACUGCAAUUGCAAGUGGAUUCACAGGGCAUGAACACGGACGAUUACACCCAAAGAAUGUCAGCGCUCGAACGGAAAUUCCAGCAAACACUUCGCGAACGCGACACAUUACGCGUGGAAUUGAAAAAUGUUCAGGCGAAUUUUAGUAAAAGCAUUUCCAAAGAAGAUAUCGAUAAAAUUGUUCAAGAGAAAGACACAAUGAUCGAAGAGCUCAAGCUUGAGGGUUUAAAAUUAUCGAAACAAAUUCUGCAGCAUUCGACAAUUACGAAAAAAUUGCGAGCAAAAGAAAAGGAAACUGAUUUGCAAUUGAAAAAGCAGACGGAACAAAUCGAAGAAUUAACGCUUGAGUUGGAACGUGUAAAGAAAUCACUAUCGGCCAAAGAAGAGGUGGAAAAGACUCAAAUUCAGGCCAUUCAUAAAUUGACAUCGGAAAAGCAAAAGUUGAUCAAAGAAGUGGCUCAACUGAAAAGUGAUUUGGACGAUACGACUCAACGAUUGAACACCGUUCAAACGUCUUUCGAUGCUGCACGCAAAGAGUUAACCGAAAAACAGCAGGAGCAUUAUUCGCUAGAGAAGAAAGCAAAGAAUUUGGUCACACUACAAACGGAGCAGCAAACAUUGCAACAGCAAAAUCAACAGCUAACCACUGAGAUUGAAUCAUUGCGCGAAAAGAUGAAAUUGGAUGCCAUUCAACAGGCGGAUCAAUUGCAGAAAGUUCGACAAGAGAAUGCCGCGUUAGUGCGUCGAUUAGAAGAAAUUGAACAAAGAUCUGAAGACCAAGCGCACGCCGUUACUGAAGCAACAAUUCCACUUGUCAAGCAAUGCCAAAGCCUACAGGUAACUUUGAACACACGAACAUUAGCAUGGGAAAAACAGGAGACGAGUUUUCUCAAGAAAAUUGAAACUCUCGAAAAAAAAUUGGCAAAUGUAUCAAUUAAUGAACAAUCGGCCAAUGAGCAAAGCGAUCAACUGAAUGCACGCAUACACAACUUGGAAGAAUCAUUAUCGAAAGCAUUGUUGCGAAGUGAACAGUCGGCCGCUUCGCUGCAACAAAAACAAAUGGAACUGGAACUUGUGCAAAAUGAUUUCAAACAAAAACAAACAGCUAAUGAAGCGGAAAUUCAGUCGUAUCAAAACAAAAUCAAAGAGGUAGACGCAACAAUUGAACAAUUGCAUAAGGAAUUGAAAGAGAGCCAGGAGAAGGAACGACAGUAUUCAGCAGCGGUGGAAAAACCGAAAUUCAUACGGAAGAUAAGUUCGGUUGAAUUCGCCGAAAAUAGCGUGGAAUAUAGCAAUGAAAGUGAUCAAAGCGAUGAACAAGAAUUGAGUCGCAUUGUAAAUAACAGCUCACCGGUGUACAGUGUUGGAAAAAUUUCAGCCAAUGACUCGACUUGGCAAUUGGACGAUUUGGACUCAGUGUCAACGGUGGGAAUUCAGCAGCGCACACCAACCAAUUCAAUGUAUGGUUCGGUUCCUUUAGCAUUUUCCGGUGGUUCAGCACUCAUUGAAACUUUGCAAUCGAGUCUAAAGCAGCGAGAUGGUGAAAAUCAUCAGCUUCAAUGGGAAUUGUCACGGCUACAGUCGGAACGUAAUUUCUUGUUAUCUGAAGUAUCAUCGCUAACAUCGCAACUUGAAGGGAUCAAGGAUAAGCUAGCAACACAUGAUUCAGUUGUGAGUCAAUUCAACCAGCUGCAAGAGCAGUACGACGCCAUACUCCAAAUGUACGGUGAAAAAGUGGAAGAAACCGAAGAGUUGCAGUUGGACUUGCAAGAUGUUAAAGACAUGUACAGAUCGCAAAUCGAUGACUUGCUACUGCAGCAGCGCCAAUUACAACAAAAACUGUUUGAAGCGCAACAAAAAGCCAACGAUGCGAGCAAAUAAAAAAAAUCCACCAUGAAAUUGCAGAAUCGUUCAUAAAUUCUGCUUUAAUCCCAAUAUUCAAGUGAAAUUCCCGGUGCUAAAAGAGAAAAAUGAGAGAAAAAAAAAUCAGAAGAAUAAACCAUCGAACAUAGUUCGAUUUAGAAUGAACGCCGGCGGCGAUUCACAUUUUCCAACAUGUUAUUUUAGUUGUUUUUUUUCUACAUGUUCUUGUUCAUCGUUACAGAAGUAAAAAAAAAAUCGUAUUUAUUUAGAUCAUUGGAAAAUCCCAGUAAAUCAUUUAUUUUAGACGACAAGAAGAGAAAAGUGAAAUUAUUUGAUGCCAAUUUAAAAUAUGGAUGGCCAAGGAUAUGGUUUUUUUAUAUAUAUAACAAAUGGAUAUGACUUGCUUCACGAAAUCUUGUUAUUUAUGUGUAAUCGGAUGCAAGCAUGUAUAAAUCAAAUUUUAUGAAAAACAAAAA